CCAAUCGUUUUGUUUACCGGUCUAGGACACAUACAUUUCUAAGUGAUAAAAUAGUUAAAAUUAUUUAGUUUUGUUAAGUAAAUUAUGGCGGAAGAAGAAUAUGAACGUUUUGAGAUAACUGAUUAUGAUCUGGAAAAUGAAUUUAAUCCCAAUCGGUUUAGAAAAAAGCAGAGCAAGCAGCAGACAAUUUAUGGCAUUUGGGCCGACGACAGCGAUAAAGAAGAUGAUGACGAAUCCUCUGGUCGUCGCAAAGGUCGCCGACGCGGUCUUGGUGGUGCUUCUAGCAGCCGUAGCAAAGAUUACACUGCCCCUGUUAGCUUUGUGGCUGGUGGCAUACAACAGGCUGGCAAGAAACAGAAAGGCAAAAGAGAAGAUGACAAUGAAGACGAUGCAGAAAAUCCCAUAACCGAUGAGGAAGAUGAAUUGGAUACCCAUCCAGGAUUUGGGGCUGGCCAAAGACCUACCAUAAUGGAUAUCGAUUCGCCACACAGCAGUGAAGAUAGUGAGGAGGAAGAGGAAAGAAAAAUGCCUCCCCCCUCAGGGCAACAGGGUCAAAGACCAUCAACCUUUAAACAGCAGACAGGACAUCUUAAGGUGGGGGCCUGGGAACAGCACACACGUGGUAUAGGAGCCAAGCUGUUGCUGCAGAUGGGUUACAAACCUGGCAUGGGUUUGGGUAAGGAUUUGCAGGGUAUCUCACAACCGGUAGAGGCGCAUGUACGCAAGGGUCGUGGGGCAAUUGGGGCCUAUGGGCCAGAGACAGCGGCUAGUGUGGGUGGAAAGGGGCAUGCUCCCCAAAUCGAUGAGGAUGUGCGUGAGGCCAAAGAAUUUAAGGAGAAAUUAAACAAAUGGAAAAAGGAGGGAGAUGGCCGCCAGGAGAAAAAUUCCAAGAGAUAUUAUUACAAAUCAGUGGAAGAAGUUUUGGAAAAGGGCAAGAAAUCCAAUUUUAUCAUAAGCGAUAAAAUGAGCAAAAAACUAGGCAACGUUCCUGUAAUUGAUAUGACCGGUCCCGAAAAGCGUGUACUUAGCGGCUAUCAUGCCAUUGGUCAGUCUAAGGCUAUCGAGGAAGAUCUUUACGAUUCCAUACAGGAGGAGGCUCAACCCAAAAAGUCCACCACAACAUUUGCCCUGCCCGAACUGAUGCACAAUCUUUCGCUGAUAGUCAAUAUGUGUGAACAGGAUAUCAUAGCUUUGGAUACUACUCAAAAUAAUGCCACCGAACGUCAGGCAGCUUUGGAACAGGAAAAGAAGCAACUGGAGGAAAUUGUUAGUUUGGAAAAGAACCACAUUGAAACAUUGGACUAUGUGCUGAAGCUAGUGGAUGAAUUGACUGCCACUAAUGAGGAACUAAAUCUGCCAAGAGCUGAAGAAAUUUUUCUAGAACUACAGCAAAACUAUGCCUCGGAAUAUAAACAAUUUGGCCUGGAUGAUUUGGCUGCUGGCAUCAUAGCACCUUUGAUCAAAAACUUUUUGUCAGAUUGGAAACCCUUGGAGAAUCCCACACAACAUGUGGAUCUUAUAAAGAAAUGGCGCACAAUUUUGGAUGUGCACGAUAACGAAGGCAAUGAGAAACGCUCGAAUAUCUUUGACCCUUACUCCUCACUCAUUUGGGCUGGUGUGGUGCCCAGUUUUCGUUCUUGCUCCGAGUUUUGGGAUCCCAAGCAUCAUCAGUCAAUGGCUGCCUUGCUGGACUGUUGGGCACCUUUGUUUCCCUCAUGGAUAUUGGAUUCUGUCUUAGAGCAAUUGGUAUUGCCUCGCCUAAAUACAGGCGUGCGUCAAUGGGAUCCCUUGACCGACACUGUACCCAUUCAUAUAUGGAUUUUACCUUGGAAUACCAUAUUGGGCCAUAAAAUGGAGGAGUUUAUAUUUCCCACCAUACGGGAAAAGUUGGGCAACGCUUUGAAAGCCUGGCUGCCUCAAGAUCGUUCAGCUAGGGCCAUGCUAACCCCAUGGAAGGGGGCAUUUGAUGAGACUCAAAUGCAAUUGUUCUUGAUGACGCACAUUAUACCCAAAUUGCAAAUGGUGCUGAAUGAGUUUAUUUUGAAUCCUUUGCAACAGGAUUUGGAACCCUGGAAUCAGGUAUGGGAAUGGCAUGAACUUAUACCGCCCAUGCAAAUGGCCCAACUUCUUGAUAAAUUCUUCUUUCCCAAAUGGAUGCAAGUUUUGGUUAUGUGGCUUAAUCAAUCUCCUGAUUAUGUGGAAAUUUCUCGUUGGUAUACCGGUUGGAAAAGCAUGCUAUCCGAGGAGUUAUUACGUGAACCUUGCAUCAAGGAACAUCUGCGUCGUGCUUUAGAAAUUAUGCAUCGCGCCACCGAUCAAGUAGCCUCUAUGCCCGCAGCUGGCAACAAUAUGAGUGCACCAAAUUUGACAACUGCCACCAGUACACCGCCUCCACCACAACCACCUCCGCCUCCCACAAUCCUACUGGAUCUACCGGCUGCAGCUCCCGUGCAAUUGGAAUUCAAGGAAUUGGUCUCACGCAAAUGUGCCGAGAGGGGCAUAUUGUUUGCCCCAAUGCCUGGUAGACGUGAAUUGGGCAAACAGAUCUAUCGUGUGGGCAAAUUGUUUUGCUAUAUCGAUCGCAAUGUUUGUAUGAUUACGGAUAGUUCGUUUAAGAAUUGGAUACCCACCCCAUUACAGCCCAUGUUGGAAAGAGCCAUAACGGGAAUAUUAAAUUAAGAAUAAAGUGAAUAACAAGAUGCAAUUAUGGAAAAUGAUGAAUGCAAAAACAAAAAUAAAUGUAAGUUAAAAAUUUUA